UACAAAUGUAAACAAAAUAAACAAAACUAAAUAAAAUAGACGUUUAGUUUAGACAUUAACUAAUUAAUUACAAGUAUUUACGAUUAAAAAGGUUUAUAUAAAAAGUAUGUCCCGAGAUAAUUUACUUAGAGUACGUAGGAGGUCGAUAUUUGACGACCACGAGAAAGAAAGCAAGAAGCCGAAAAAUGAACACGAAAGUAAAUUAAGUUUUCCAGAAAAGAAGACCGAGCUUCAUUACCCUAUACAAUACGUUGAAAAUGUGAUGACUGAAAUUGAAAAGUGGAAAAUGCAUGUAAGAGGAACUUUAGAAGAGAUAAAUAAGUUCAAAUCUGAGAAGAAGAAAUUGCAAAAUAUGACCGUCAAUGAGCAUAUUCUAUCUUCUCAACAGCUGGACUUACUUGCUUCCUUUGAUUGUGAGGAAUAUGUGAGAAGAGUGCAAGACUUCAGUGACUGGGUUACGAUUAUUACACAUAAAAUUCAGAAUAAAUCAGAAAGUGAACUAGAGAAAAAGAAUUUAUUUAUACAGAAAAAACUUGACAGACAAAUUAAAGAUGAACAUUUUAUUGAGGAUACAGUUUGAGUUGAAUUUAAAUUACUACAUGGUGUUAAUAACUUUUGUCACUUUAACUUUAAUGACAUAUUCUGACGAUGAAAUUAAUCAACUAUUGCCCUACAAAAAUUUUUGAUAGGACGCUGCCCUCUGGAGAUACAGGGUGUUAAAAGUUUCAAAUAUUUAUAUGAUUCUUC